AUGAUUUUCUGGGUCUCUUUGCUCGACUCUAACGGCGACAUCAAUGACAGAAACCCAGAUGGAUGCUGUACGGCCACUGCCCAAGGUGUUCUUGAGAUUUACAACAACGGAGGAACACCUGCUGCUCGUUUGAUUGGCGACAUCUCUGUCUGGCAAACGAGAAGGAUUAAUCCGAGGCGGGUCGAGACAGAAGAGGAGAAGGCCCAUCGAUACCCGCAAAGACGCACCGAGGACGCAAACAGCAAGACACACAAUCUGGCGUCCGGAGCGGCAAUCAGGCAGCCCUACGAGGCCAGUCAAGCGCCAUCAAGUCACUACUACGCUCCUCCAGGCUCACGAGCAACGCCAGCUAAGCCCAUCAUCCCGGUAAACAGCAGCAUCAGACCAAACGCACAAGAGCAACCUCCAACGACCGGCUUUGGAGGGAUCCACCAGUCUGAGCAGCAUGCUACCGACGGGGAGCAACGAUACGUACGAGCAUCGUCUGACCCAGUCUCGCGACCUGGACUAGGUCACUACUCAAGCAAGCUUGAUCUCGAACCAAACCCAUUCGAGCAGUCCUUCUCGUCCUCGCAUCCUCCGCCGCCAGGCUACAACCCUGCUCUGGCUGCCAACAAGCUGGACUCGCCAUCACUACCCCGGAGAGCGCGAUCGAGCUCGCCCGCGAUACGAACGCCCUCUGCUCAUCCAUUUGCGAGCGGCACAGGCGCAACACCCAGCCAUCAAACUCCGAUUACGCGCGACAUCCAUUCUAGUGCAGGCCAGGCUAACAUUCCCGUAAUUGGAUCGUCUGGCGGAUCUAGCGCUGUGAAGCUACCACCUCUCGCCUCGCUUGCUAGUCCUACCCCUGCCAACAGCACCAGCUUGCACAAUUUUGGCUGGGACUUUGACCAUUCGCUCAGAUCGGGUCCUCUUUCGCCUGCUAUGCUAGCUGGGCCGGCGCAGAAUCAUCAACAACCGCAUCAGCAUCAUCCGCAUAUCAACGGCGCCUCCGGCUCACACUCUUUGUUUGACUCGUCGUCAUUGAGGACUGGCUUGACGCCCAUGAUCGAAGGCGGUGACUUCCCUCCGCCAAGCCCGGCAACACAAGCAAUGUUUGCGAUGAUGACCAAUCAGACUCCCGGCACGGGCGGCAAUCAUGCCGGUGCAGGCGCAGAUAGUAGCGCUCGCAACGAUCCUAAUCACUUUGAGGCGAGCUUCUCAAAGGCAAACGAAACUGCUUCGCUCAGAGUACGAGCGCAAUCCAAUCCCGGCAUCCCUACCGGCGAGGAGGUCGCAAAGGCGGCAGCUGCUGCUGCCGCGCAGACACAAGGUGUCCCGAGGCCACUCACAUCUGGCCAGCGUGCAGCGAUUGCCGUCGGAGCUGCUGCGCGUGGUAGACAAGGCCCGAUACCUACUGGCUAUCACGGUCAGCCAGUGGCGCCGUCUAUAGCGCCAUCUUCGCUCAACAAUGCACAGCAACAACAGCAACAGCAGCAUCAGCAACAACAGCAACAGCAAGCGGCAAUGCAGCACAACGCAUACGCUACUAACCCACUCUAUCUGCUCACACAGGCUUCCCAGGGUCUCGAACAGGGCGGAGAGCCCGAGGAUCUCGUUGCUGCUGCUGCGCUAUCAAAUUUGAAUUCGGCAGGAUCCUAUGGCAAUCUAAAGCACUUGCCAUAUGCAUCUAAUCCCUAUCAUCAACACAGUCAACCUAAUCAGCAGCUACCUAGUGCCACAAUCAGUCAGAACGGGUCAUCCAAUUCGCCCGCUUCGCAAGCUCCCGCCCGUCAGUCAAAGCGCGCGCCGAAAAAGCGAAAGCAAGAGGAAGAUGUGCCAGUCCCCGCUCCGUCUACGAAGAAGACAGGCCGGGCGAAGAAACCGAAAGACGAGCCCGAAGAUAUUGAUUUCAACGAUGGCUCGUCCAGUCUCAACGGAGGUGCAGGCGACGAUGGCAGAUCGGACAAUGGCGACUGGGACGCCAACCAGCCGCCCCGAGAUCCAUCAAAACCAGAGACAGAAGAAGAGAAGCGCAAAAGUUUCUUGGAACGGAAUCGACAGGCUGCAUUGAAAUGCAGGCAGAGAAAGAAAGCUUGGCUUUCUCAACUACAGGCGAAAGUCGAGUAUCUUACCUCUGACAACGAAACGCUACAAAACACAGUCAAUUCGUUACGGGACGAAAUAUCUAGCCUACGAAACUUGCUCGUCACGCAUAAAGAUUGUUCGAUCGGUGCAAACGGACACCGAACGCUUGGCGAAGCGCUCGGUCAUCAACAGCCGAAUCAUUCACCAUUCUGA